AUGAAGAGGUUCUCAGUUAUACACUCGCUCAGGUGGCGCGACAACGUCUUCGGCCUGAAGAGUAUGUGCCUUAAGCCCCUGAUGACCGCUCAUCUGUGCUGCCUGCUCCUCCUGACUGCCGCCCGCCUGGCCCAUGGAGCUGACCCUGGCGCGGCGGCCCCCUGGCCAGACGCGGUGGCCCCGUGGCAACGAGACUUGGCAGCCCCACGGGAACUAGAAACGCUGGCUACCUGGGAACGUGCUGUGUUGGAAGACGUGAGCCUCCUGCUGGAGGCCAUGGCUUUGUAUGACGCCGAGAUUAAAGAUGCCCUGUAUCAGUACGGGAGGCCGCCUGUGUCACAGUCCUCCACAGACACCGACGCCGAGCUUGAACCUCUCCCGGCCGACAGUUUCCUACUCCAGGGUGCCGACAAACGGCAGAGUCCGGGCAAGCGGCAGAGUCCGGGAAAACGGCAGAGUCCGGGAAAACGGCAGAGUCCGGGCAAAAGAGGUGACGGUGGACCAGACCUGCCGAUGGGGCUGCGCUUCAACCCACUGUUCUUCACGCCUUACAGCGAGUCCACUACUGACAAGCGACAGAGUCCAGGCAAGCGACAGAGUCCAGGCAAGCGGCAGAGUCCAGGCAAACGCCAGAGUCCGGGCAAGCGCACCUUUUCCUUCCCCGGGACACCUCCACUGGACAGUCACGACGCUGCCGACACGCGCGCAGCCAUUCUAUCCCUCUUAGGCCUAGCCGAGCAGAAAAGGCAGAGCCCGGGGAAGCGGCAGAGCCCGGGAAAGCGACAGAGCCCGGGGAAGCGGGCAGACUCACUUCGACCCAGCUCCGAGGGACCCUGGCUCCUUUCCCCUGACGGACUGCAGCCGGAAGAGAAGCUCGACGUGCUGCUGCCCUUCAUCACUUCCUUGUCACCAGCAGCUGGUGUAGAGGACGGCUCCAUGACAGUGGUCGGGACCGAAGACGACAAGAGACAGAGCCCUGGGAAACGCCAGAGUCCCGGGAAACGACAGAGCCCGGGGAAACGACAGAGCCCCGGAAAGCGGCAGAGUCCCGGGAAGAGAGGCGGGGAGCUGGGCACAUACACCGCGGCGGAACAGGAGGGACCCGCGCCCGUCGACGGUCAGAAGGACUGGCCGGAGGAACAUGUGAUCUAUGCCAGCCUUCCCGGCGGUUUCUGAGACUAUUCAGAUCGUCUCUCUGACAAUGUCUAACAGCCGUUGGGGCACUGAGAGAAAACUGUAUUCUAGAACUAAGGAAACAGGUUUGCACGGAGAAAUUCCGAGAUGCGAAUCACAAAGAUGUAAGUUACAGGUACAUGUUAACACAGUCAACAUGGAAUAGUGAUUAGCAAAGACAGCAGAACUACUGUACAGUAUUCAGGAGCUGCGAAUAAAGU